UUGGCCUCUUGCAUUGAGAGAGGGAGGGAGAGAGAAAGCAAAAUGCCAAAAACAUUCCCGCCUCUUUCUACUUCGUGCAUUCGAUUGAGAAAAACUCUGAUGAAGAAGGAGAAGACAUUGCCAAAUUGCAGGAUUGAGGUAUGCAAAUUACUUGUAAUAGCAGAGGAACAAUGCGAGUUGUCAAUGGGGAUGUUUGGUGACUUCGAGCAAGUAUUUCAAAGAGUUCAUGUAACACAGCUGAGGGGGUCUAUAACUAGAGGCUUCAGAAUUUGGCUCUUACUCUUGAUAAGGGGUAAGGUAUGUAAUGAGAAGUGUAUUUGGUGACCCAAAUAAAGCUCCACCCCCACUGGAGAAGCUUAGUCUUGAAGCAGUAGUUUCAGUCCUAUGGAAAGGGGAAGGAUCACUUGUUGAAGUUAGUCCAGUGCAUGGCUCCUCAUAUGGAAGAGGGCUUGUUGAAUGACUUAAAAGAGAAGAUUCUAGAGCAUGACCCUUCUUGAUCUGUAGAUCUCCGAAGAGAACUGCAAAUAAGCAGUGUGGUUUACUGUCUCUUACAGCUAAUGUUUAUAAUGAUUUAUGAUUGUCACUCAUUAUGUUGAGGGCCCGCGAAUAGGAUCUCGU